AUGGCCGAAAUGCUGUGCAAGGUCAAUGGCCUGCGCAUGUCAAGGGGUCUCCACCCUGUAGUCUAUCACAGUGAUCUGGAAAAGCUGGCACAGGGGCAUGCGCAGUUCCAGUCGAGGUACCGCGUCAUCACACACGCAGACAAAUCCGGUCACAUCGGCGACAGACUGACAGCACUGGGGUUUCAGUGGGAUAUACUGCUGGAAAAUAUUGGUGCGGGCGCUAAUGAUGUUUCCGGAAUUUUCAAUGCUUGGGUGAGAUCCCAAGACCACCUCAAUAACUUGCUAAGUGCGGAUGUGAGAUUCAUGGGCGUGGAUGUGUCUAACGGAUUCUGGGUCCAGGAUUUUGCUGCUCCUCGCGACAAAAAUUACGCAGUACCGCUCAACGAGAUUGACGCGUGUCCCUCGGCGGACAGAGUGGUCAUCUAUAGUUAG